GUAGGAAGAUGUUUUGGUGAAGAUGAGGACUUGGAGGGGUUGGGAUGGUUGCGGGGGGGUGGUGGGUGACAUGCUGGCUGGCGGGGGUUUCUUUGUGGCGAUGGGGCCUGGAAUGGUGCAAUUGAGGCUCGGUGAAAGAGGUGGAGUGGAGGUGCUGAACAAUUCAGUAAUGACUACCACCUCUGGCCGCUUUCGGAUAAAUUGACAGACGCGCGAUGGAAGAGGGACGGUGCAAGAUGGAAGGCGGAAGUUGGAAGGUUGGAAGUACCGAUGAUCGAGAUGGGGGCAUCUUCCACGGUAGGCGGGGUAAGUGCUCCUCCGCAUACAACCAAACCACGGCAGACUGCCGUCCUCAGUGCAGCCGUGCCAUCGCAAAGUUGCACUAGCCAGAAGACUGCCCACUACGGACUCUCAGAUCGAGGGAUAAAAGGAACCAGCUGUUCUGUUCUCGGCGCCGAACAAGGCCAACCUCAAGUUCAUACUCUUUGUUCACCACAUCGCGAUGGGCCACCAGCGCAUCAACAUGCCCGAUCCUCCCCGGAAACGGUUCCUUGGCCAUAUUUCACCAUAUCCGGAUCUUCUUGGAGGUUUCGCGCUGUCACAUUGGUCUUUGUUGCCGAUUACCCUCGAGCCAAGCACAUUCUUUGCUGUCUCCCAAGUCAAGACUGGGAAUGUCAUCAAGGAACUGCAGGAACACCCGCUGUCCCAUCGUCCCAACCAAAACGGAUAGCUCAGGACCUGCGCAAAGGCUGCACUGGGGACAGCGGGCCAUCAAGACUGAGGCAACUGGCUGCAUCUCAUUACCUACACAGAUUGUCAAUCAAGAUCAUUGUCGAGCUGAAGAAUUCGGUAUUGCGCUCCGUACAGUAUCCCAGGCGGGGAACAGCAAUUCCUCCGGACUCGUACCUACACAGAGAUGCCAUGCAGAAAUGGUCGAGCAGGAUAUCUCUGACUCUGUCUGAUGCGAAGUUCCGGGCGAUCAAGUGCUGGAAACCGGAAACUCGCAGGACACCUCGCAGGAUAGAAAGCCACACCCCGAUGGCCUCGACCUCGGCCGUACGCUUGCCGCCUACGAGAAAUCCGGAGCAUGCACAUCCAUUGUGGCCACAGCCCCAGUACAAACCACAUUAUGUCGCAUUCCACCGACGUGGGCCCCCUAUUUAUUGUUAGCAUAAAAGAAAGGACAGCUCCUAGAAUUGAAGCAGCCAUGGCCGCAACCAGGCAAAGAUCCCACCCUGGGAUGCCUUUGUCCUCGCAAUACUCGGGGGUCUUGUCCACGGUGCUCAUAAAGACCCAGACGACGACAAAUCCUCCCCAUCAGCGACUUGAACCAAGCAGACUGCCGCUUCUGAGCCAGACACCGACCUCAUUCAUCAAACUUGGAACCGCAAUUUACGAGAAAACUAUCAAUGGACAACGACAGCAACAAAAACAACAACAAGCCGGAAGCCGGCAGCUGGCGACGGCCCGAGCGGUACAAAUUGGGGGCAUUCGGAGCCAGAUGGGACGACCCCAUAUCCCAGAACUGGCGAUCAGCCGGACCACAAGGGGCCGGUCCCAGGGCUUCAUACGUACCGGCUUCAUACGUACCCGCGCCCCCCCUAGGCCCGAGGCCGUCCUCCAAUGCUCGGGGCACCGGGGCCAACGUGUGGCGAG